AUGGAGUACCCCCCUCAAUAUCAACAGCCUCAUGGCCAACACCCCCAUGCCCCCUCCCACAUGCCCGGUCCCUAUCAAUCGGGGCCUCCGCAACCGGGUGCUUCCGUCGGAUCCAUGACUUCUUCCUCCAACGCGCAACCCCCCAUGCAGCCCCAACAUCCGUCGCACCAAACCUCCCCCAUCGUCCCUACACAGCAGCACUAUCAGCAAGCGCAAGGUGGACCGGGUGGUGUUCACCAGCAGAUGGGCUUCCCCCAGGGUUAUGGCGUCUCGGCGGCUAUGGGCCAACCCUAUGGGAUCUCGCCCGGCCAGGCUGCCGCCAUGGCUACCGCGGCCGCUUCCGGUCAGCUCUACCCUUUCCCGCAACACGACGGUAUGGGUGGGCAGAUGGCGCCAGGGACCCGAGGCUCUCCCCGCAUGGCCGGCAUGCCUAUGAAGACUGAGCGUAAUCCGCGAUCACCCCCUCAGAUGUCCGGCCCCAUGCCCCCCAUGGGCCCCCAGGUUUCGAUGCAAGGUCAACAGAUGCCGCCCGGUCGCCGCAUGAGCCACAUUGGAAGCCCCAAUGUGCCGACCGCCCAGCCGGUGAUGAAUCACGUUGGCCGACCCUCAGUCGCACAGCCCAUGCCCGGUGCUCCGCAGGCUUCCCUCCAGACCCAGCCGUCCCCUGAGAUGGUCCCGAGUGGAAACCAGGAAGAAUCGCCUCUCUAUGUGAACGCCAAGCAAUUCCACCGGAUUCUCAAGCGCCGCGUUGCCCGCCAAAAGCUCGAAGAGCAGCUGCGAUUGACAUCCAAAGGGCGAAAGCCAUAUUUGCAUGAGUCGCGCCAUAAUCACGCGAUGCGCCGUCCACGUGGUCCUGGAGGGCGAUUCCUGACCGCAGACGAAGUGGCAGCCAUGGAGAAGAAGGCCGCCGAGGGUGACGGUGAGGCCGCGGCCGACCAGGGCAAGGAGAAUGGGUCUGCGGGCCACAAGCGAAAGUCCAGUGACGUGAAUGAGGACGGAGGCAGCGCGAAAAAGACCAAGACGAAUCUGAGCGUCGAGGGAAGUGAACACGAGUCGGCCGAUCCGUCAGAUGAGGAUGGUUGA